CUGCCUUGUUUCUUUGUCCAAUCCUUCCACGGGCAAACUCCACCCAUUUCGUCUCCUUCCUUGAAGGUUCAGGUCGUCAAUUUGGCAUUUGCACCCAGCGUCCAGCUGGUCUCCUCAACUGACUUUCCCCACUGCCAAUUUGCUUCCGUUGUCUACAAAUACCUGGACGGAACAUAAAUACCCCAAGCCAGCCCUUUACUCGUUGUCCGAGUUCUCCUGAAUAUCAUUGACACCGUAACCACAGUCCCGUGGGACCUCGCAACCCUCUCCAUACAUCACUCCCUAAUAAACAAGUGUUCCCACUUGAGUCACAUACCGUACCAUCACAAUGGAAUCAACGCCGUCUCUUACCAUGCCCAUCACGCCCGUAAGCAUAUCCCACAGCGGUCUCGAACCCGACGCCACACAAGACCCGGCUCUGCCGCUCACCCGUCUCCCCAACGGCGUCUACGUGCCCAUGCUCGCCUUCUUCACUGCCGCCGAUCAGAUCGACGUGCCCGCUAUACAGCGCCACACGGCCCGCCUGCUGGCUGCGGGGGUCGCCGGGUUGGUGGUGCACGGCUCCAACGGGGAAGCCGUCCACAUGUCGCGGCGGGAGCGGCGCACCGUCAUCGAAGCCGUGGUCGACGCCGUCCGGCACACAGCCGACAGCCUGCAUGCGCCCGUGCCCAUCAUCGCCGGGUGCGCGGCCAGCUCAGUCCGCGAGACUGUCGCGCUGUGCUGCGAGGCCCGCGAGGCCGGCGCCACGCACGCCCUGGUGCUCCCACCGGGCUACUACGCCGGCAUCAUCAGCAAGGCCGAGAUCGUGGGCUACUUCCACGCCGUGGCGGACCGGAGUCCAAUUCCGAUCCUCGUGUACAACUUCCCCGCGGCGGCCAACGGCCUGGACCUGGACUCGGAUGUCAUCCUGCGUAUCGCCGAGCACCCCAAGGUGGUUGGCGUCAAGCUGACGUGCGGGAACACGGGCAAGCUUGCGAGGCUGGUAGCCGACGUGCCCAAGCUGCCUGGCAGGAGGGAGGGCGACUUCCUUGUGGCCGGCGGCAGUGCGGAUUUUAUUCUGCAGGGUCUGGUUGCCGGUGGCCACGCAACCAUUAGCGGCUUUGCAAACCUCGCGCCCAGGGCGUGCGUCAGAAUAUGCGAGCUGUUCGAGCAGGGCCGGCUGCAGGAGGCUAGGGAGUUGCAGCUCGAGGUUGCGAGGGCGGAUUGGUUGGCCAUUCGGUACGGCUUUGUUGGAGUCAAGGCGGCAAUGCCCUUCUUCCACGGCCAAGGGGAGGUGUCCUGUGUCGAGCCGAGGCUCCCCUUCAAGCGGCUAGAGGAGGAUGACGAGGCAGUGAGGGAGAUUCAGCGGGGCAUGGCUGGUGUUUUGGCCAUUGAGGAGAGGUUAGCAGCUGGGACGGAUGACACUACGGUUGCAGAUGGGCACCCGAAGUACACAUCCAUGCUACAAUGACGUUUACAACAUGAGCAUAAUGUGGACGGCAAAAGACUGAUGGGAAUGCUGGCGGCCACCCUGACUGGCCAGCGAGUGUACCUGAACCGACAAUGACAUUGCCCUUGACUGGUUCGCUGGUCGGACAAUUCCUCUACCUAGACGAAUUAGAUUGCGCAAGCUUUUGAUAUCAUAGAAGGCGUGUGGAAUAGACGGAAUAUUCGAG